AUGAGUAAAUACAAGAGUCCUAAACCUGUGGUGACCAUAAAGCCUGAUAAACAUGUGUUCAGAGGAGAGACUGUGACUCUCAGAUGUGAAAUACAGGGAGGAGGAGACACUGAGUGGAAAUACAGCUGGAAUAAGAAAGAUAAAACAUUCUACCCAUCCCCCACAACACAGGAGUUCAGCUUCAGCUCAGUUAUAAAUGAUGACAGUGAUGUAGCAGAGGCAGUAGUGAGUGUGUCUCCCCUGCGCUGGCUGAAUGAAGGAGACUCAGUGACUCUAAGCUGUGAGGUUAAAAACUCCUCUACAGGCUGGACAUUCAGCUGGUACACUGCUGUUCCCUACAGAAACGGCUUAAUUGAAGUAACUGGCCGUCGUGGCAAUGUCUUGUAUGGUUCAGAGCUUCUCUCAGACAGCAGCAGAGGAUCUGGAGGCUCCUACACUCUCACUAAUGUUACUGUGAAUCACACAGGAGUUUAUAUGUGCAGAGCAGAGAGAGGAGAAUCAGUCUUUCACACACGGGACAGUAACCUACAGCCACUGUGCAUCACUGGUGAAUCUCCUCCAGUGUCUCUGAUCAUCAAUCCCAGCAGAACUCAACACUUUACUGCUGACUCUCUCUCACUGAGCUGUGAGGACCAGAGUGACUCUACUGGAUGGACAGUGAGAGGAUACACACACAGUGAGACAGUGUCUGAUUGUUCAUCAGUUUCAGGAUCUACAUGUAACAUCAGCUCCCUCUCUACAUCACACACUGGAGUUUACUGGUGUCAGUCUGAAUCUGGAGGACGCAGUAAUCCUGUCAACAUCACAGUGCACAAUGGUGAUGUGAUCCUGGAGAGUCCUGUCCAUCCUGUGACUGAGGGACAUCCUCUGACUUUACGCUGUUUAUAUCGCAACUCAAAGAUCUCAGACUCUGGUGUUGAUUUUUAUAAAGAUGAUUCAGUUCUCCAGUCCCAGACUACAGGAGAGAUGACCAUCAGUACUGUGUCAAAGUCAGAUGAAGGUUUCUACCACUGUAAACACCCAGAGAGAGGAGAGUCACUGAAAAGCUGGGUUUCAGUCAGAGUUCUAUCAGAUGGAAAAGCUCCACUGUCGGUACUGAAGCUCCUCAGCAGUGCAGUAGCGGCCUCUCCGUAUGUGCUGGUGACCAUCAUUCUGGCAGUGAAAUGUUACAGAGCUCGAACUGACCCUGAUGAGGACAACAGACCGUACAGAGUGAUAGAAGCUGAAGCGUCUGUCUGAGCCUCAGGUUUUUACAUUAUUUUAUCAUCUAGCUUUUAAAUAACAGCAUCUCCCAGUGCAACAGAGAACACAUUCGUGUAUGUGCUCUGUCAGUAAGUACAGUUUUAGUGAUGAGUGGCUGUGAUGCUGUUUCUUUGAUUUUGGUUGAAAGCUUUAAUUCUCAACAUGCAAUUUAUUAUUAUUUUUUUUAAUGGAGUGAUUUAUUUUCCUGAUGUAUUUGUAAUACUCAUAUGCAUUUAUAUUUACUAUUUAAGCUUUACUUUGUAUUAUUGUUGUUGUUGUUGUUUUAGCUAUAUGACUUAUAUAUUACUUUGUUUAAACUGAAUAUUAAUUUAAAAUAUUUUUUUAAAUUAAUUUCCCAUUUGCUUAAUUUAGGAUUUACUCAGGGAUAAAUAUGCAUUGUGGUUUGAUACAGUAUAAUAUUUGUAAUUAAAUGGAGUAAUUCUUAUUUUGUAAUAUUUUAUGAAGUAAAUACCUGUGCAGAUAAGUUUUGGAGUGAAGUCUGCUUUUGUUCUGAUACGUUUUAAUAUUUUAAU